UACAAAAAUGAAAGAAGGUUCAGUUGUCAUCCUCAUCAAAAACUUUUUUUGGAGAUUUUUGUUGCACUUGUAAAGCAGAGGCUAACUUGCAGGCAAUGGGUGGACAGAGUUCCACCUGCUAAUUUUCUUCGGGUGUUAAUCUGUCUGAGAUUAAUAAUGAGAGAUCAAUUUUAUCAGAAAAUCUUCAGUCAACUUGGAGGAGUUGAGAGCUUGGCACAGUAUAUGGAAACAGUAGCAAAUGGAUACCUUGGAUAUGGAGGACAACAGUUUGUUGUUGACAGAUUGGUCACGGUGACAAAUAUUUUUCAAAAGGUAGCAGCUGUUGUAGAACAAAGAGAAUGGAUAAUUGGAUGUGGAGCCCACAAGACCCUAGUAAAGCUAUUGGCAGCCAAGCACAAUAAUGUACUACUGGGUGCUCUCCUUGCUCUCACCAGUUUGGCUGAAAGCCCAGAGUGCAGAGUGAAGAUAGGUGAACUCACCAUUGUAGAAAACCUGCUAACAAUUUUACAAGAAUAUGACUUGCUAUCAAAAAGAAUGACUGCUGAGCUGCUUCGUCUACUAUGUGCAGACUCUCAAGUGAGAGAACAGGUGAAGAUUUAUGAAGGAAUUCCCAUUCUGCUUAGUUUGCUGCAUUCUGACCAUCUCAAAUUGCUAUGGAGUGUUGUAUGGAUUCUAGUUCAGCUGUGUGAGGAUCCGGAUACCAGCAUUGAGAUUCGAUUGUGGGGAGGCAUCCAACAACUUCUUCACAUUCUACAAGGAGAUAGAAAUUUUGUAUCUGAUCGCUCUUCAAUUGGAAGUUUGUCUAGUGCUAAUGCUUCAGGAAGAAUUCAACAACUUCAGCUGUCUGAGAAACUGAGCAUACAAGAAAUUCAAGAGAAUACAUUAUCUUUGCAAGAAGCAUGUUGUGCUGGUAUCACUGAGCUGGUACUUAAUGAUACAAAUGCUCAACAGGUUGUACAGGGGAAUGGCAUUUAUGUCAUAGGGAAGCUAAUCCUGCCAAGAAAACAAAGGAAUGCACUAAAAACAGAAACCCUGCAGUGCUAUGCCUUUAGAGCUUUGCGUUUUCUCUUCAGUAUGGAAAGGAACAGGCAAUUAUUCAAAAGAUUAUUUCCUCCUGACAUGUUUGAGAUGUUCAUUGAUGUUGGACAUUAUGUCCGUGACAUCCGUGCAUAUGAAAACUUGGUAACUAAGUUGAACUCUUUAACUACUGAUGAACUAAAACAAAUCACUGAAAAUAUAGAAGGCGUUAACCAAAAUAAAGCCCCAACAAAGUUUAUUGGUAAUUAUGCCAUUUUAGACUAUCUUGGGAGUGGAGCAUUUGGUAAUGUUUGUAAGGUUAGGAAAUACAGUGGACAGAAUCUGCUAGCAAUGAAAGAAGUUAAUUUGCACAACCCAGCUUUUGGAAAAGACAAAAAAGACCGUGACAGCAGUGUAGAGAAAAUUGUGUCUGAACUCACAAUAAUUCGAGAACAGCUGCAUCACCCAAAUGUAGUGAAAUAUUACAAGACUUUUGUAGAAAAUGAUCGAUUGUAUAUAGUUAUGGAACUUAUCGAAGGAGCACCCCUUGGUGAGCACUUUAAUUCUCUCAAAGAAAAGCAACAAAAGUUUACAGAAGAAAGAAUAUGGAAUAUAUUUAUCCAAAUAUGCCUUGCAUUGCGUUAUUUGCACAAAGAGAAAAGAAUUGUCCAUAGAGAUCUUACACCCAACAAUAUCAUGCUGGGUGAACUAGACAAGGUAACAAUAACUGAUUUUGGCCUUGCAAAACAGAAACAAGAAAACAGCAAAAUGACUUCAGUUGUUGGGACUAUAUUAUAUUCCUGUCCAGAAAUAGUGAAGAGUGAACCGUAUGGAGAGAAGGCAGACAUUUGGGCCGCAGGAUGCAUUCUGUAUCAAAUGGCAACUUUAAAUCCUCCUUUUUACAGCAGUAACAUGCUCUCCCUGGCAACAAAGAUUGUAGAAGCAGCUUAUGAACCAGUACCAGAAGGACUCUAUUCUUGCAAAGUAUUAGAAACUAUUAAAAGAUGUUUGACCCCUGAUUCAGAAGAACGACCAGAUGUUGUGGAAGUAAGUGCAAUGAUUUCAGAUGUUAUGAUGAAGUACAUGGAUAACUUAUGCACAAUGCAGAUAACAAUGGAGAAGAAGCUUGAUCGGGAGAGAAGACGCACACAGAGGUAUUUCAUGGAAGCUAACAGAAAUGUAAUGACUUACCAUCACCAGAUCUCCAUGCUAUCACAGGACCAUUUUGAUAAGUCAAAUCUUGGAAGCAGCAGUGGAACAACCAGUCUGAAGAGUGAGUCAUCAGAAACCAAUGAUAGCACAUUAGAUGAUACACAUGCACAGCAUAUUAAAGAUGGGAAUGAGAGACUGAAUGAUGCAAUAUUUAUUGAGAAUAUUAAUUCUGCUGAGAACACAGAAAAAGAUAUAUGUCUAGAAAUGGAUGAUGAGUUGAACAUUUCAGAUCACUCCAGUAGUUCCAGUCCAAGCCCCAUAAAGGAUUCUACUCUGGGUCAUAGUUCUUCCUCUAGUUUCUUUAGUCAGGGACGAUUGCCUCAGUCACUGUCCAGAACAGAAGCAGCACACCUCAGCAACAGUCUUCAAUCAUAUUCUCUUGAAAGCCCUGGCUGCCUUGAUAUAACAGCUACCUUACCAAGAAGUAUCAGUUCUAUUGGCACUGAGAGUCAAUACCAGGUUGAGUCUGAAGGAAAGUCGAGAAGCUCAAAUACCAAGUCUAGACCAGCAUCUGCAGGAAUAGCAGUGUCUCAACGGAAAGUACGCCAAAUCAGUGACCCAAUUCAACAGAUUCUUAUUCAACUGCACAAAAUCAUCUAUAUCACACAGCUUCCACCUACUUUACAUCACAACUUUCGAAAAAGUGUUAUUGAACGGUUUAAAAAGUCAUUAUUCAGUCCACAGAGCAAUCCCUGCAACUUGAAAGCAGAGCUUAAAAAGGUUCUUCAAGGGUCCCCUGAACUGAUUGAACUGAACUUUGUGACGGCAGAUUGUAAUUUAAUGCGGCAGACAUCAAGAGAAAAUGCGGCAUUCCCUGGAGACAGGGCAGUCAAUACAUAUAGCUAUGAAUAUGAAGAUGGAAUAACAUAUGAGCAGAUGCAGACCAUGAUUGAAGAAGUUCUGAUUGAAAGUGGUUAUUAUGAUAUCUUGAACACUGUUAACAGGAAUUACACUUAUCCAUGGACAAUGAAGAACCAUUUGACUGCACGGCGAUAGUCUUCUUUUCAGACCUUCAUGAGAAAUCAUCAACAGAACUGCCUGCACACAGGAUUAUAGGAAGGACUUAUUGAAUGCACAUUAAACUGUGUAGUAUAUAUGAAUAAAAGGUACUAUA